UGACCUCUGACCUCGGCUGUUUGUUUUCCUCCCCUGGACUUCCUCUGCAGUAGCGUGCGCCAUCCACGUGAGCGCUCAAUCAAAGCCGAAUCUCUUCCAUUGCUUUGUUUGGCUCAGAGACAAACUCCAGUAUCAGCACCGGCACAUCCAGGGGAAUCUGCCCAUGCGGCAAAACGUCUAACCCCCUCAUUGUGGCGCUUUUGUUAUUCCCGCCUCACCACUGCAGCUCUGUCUGUAUAUAUCUGCCCGUCCAAGUUUCCCUCUUAGAUGUGAGGACUUUGGAGGAGUGGCGGCUGGAAAAUGUCUCAGUACUCAGGAAAGAUCGUGCUCUACGAGGGAAAAUGUUUCACGGGGAGGAAACUGGAGAUCUGCAGCCAAUGCGACAACUUUCAGGACCGAGGGUUCAUGAACCGCGUGAACUCCGCCCGCGUGGAGAGCGGCGCCUUUGUCUGCUUUGACCAUCCGGACUUCAAGGGCCAGCAGUUCAUCCUGGAGCACGGAGAGUACCCCGAAUUCCAGCGCUGGAAUGCCCACAGUGAUCACAUGGGCUCCUGCCGGCCAAUCAGGAUGCACGGACAGCACUACAGGCUGGAGCUGUACGAAGGCGAGAAGUUUGGUGGUCAGUGUGUGGAGCUGUGCGACGACUGCCCGUUUCUGCAGGCACGAGGUCUGAUCAAAGACUCCAUCAACUCCAUCCGGGUUUAUGGAGACGGAGCGUGGGUGCUGUAUGAGGAGCCAAACUACCGCGGUCGGAUGUACAUCGUCGAGCGAGGAGACUUCUGCGUGCCUCUGGACUGGCAGGCAGAGAACCCCAACAUCCAGUCUGUGCGCAGGGUGGCUAACUACUUCUGAAGCUAGCUCCUUCUGCCGCGUGCAGCUGACAAUAAAGACAAACAAAUGUUGA